AUGACAUCUCCCUUCUCCACUCCUUCGUUCCCUCGAAACAUUCCAUUAUUUUCACACCUGACAUCAGACGACAAUGACGAGACUUCCGACUCCCCUUCACCUAACGAUGUGGCUACUAUCUCGAGUGACCCUGCUCGACCUACAAGCCCCGGGGAUCGAAGCCCUUCAAUUCAGUUUGCAGCGAGGCGGGAAUUCAGACGAAGAGUGGCCUCUGUAACUUCAGCUGAUCAUAUAGAACGCUCAGGAAACUCUACGUCACCGAAGUCUAAGACAGUACAGCAAUACAUGUUAGAUACCGAUCCAGCUGACCCGAAUUUAAAUGCUCUGCGGCAACUAAUGGCCGGCUCUCCCUCUUCACCACCACGAUCACGUGAGACACCAAGAAUCAGCAGUAGCAUUGUGAGUGCUGCCGUAUCACCAGGAAUGAAUGAUGUAUUUCAGGAUGCUGUAGAGGAGCAGAUUCCGGGUCCUGCAGAGGGUGACAAACCAAAGGUUACGACAGAGGCUAUUCUUUCUCACAUGCACAACAUCAUUCGGGGUCAUUACAACGAAAAUAACAAGGGAUAUGCUUACGUCUACCGAGACAGUAAGGAUGAAUGUCAGCGCUUCAAGAUUGGAUCGACGGAUCGGCCAGAAGACCGCAAAAAAGAGCUCGACAAGCAAUGCAAACUCAAGAACUGGGAGUUGGUACAGGAUCCUAAAAUGCCUAUUUGGGAGUAUAAACGACUCGAAAGGCUCGCCCACAGUGAGCUGAAGAACUUCAGAUGUGAUGAUAUAUGCCCCGGUGAUGGUAUGAAACAUCGGGAGUACUUCUAUGGCUCAAACGCUACUGCCUCUGAGGUCUUAGGGCGCUGGUCGCGGUGGCUAGUAGAUCACGAGCCAUAUGACAAGAAAAGCGAGCUGAAGCCUUUCUGGUCCGAUCGCCUUGAAUGUUUCAUGGCUAACAAAAUGGCCUCGUUCUAUUUCAACUGCAGGAAGGCUACAUGCUCACAGCGAGUUUCCAGUCCCGUUGCUUGCCAGGAAUGUCUUCAGAUAGGGUGGAAAGUGUGGACAGAACCAACGACGUUAGACAAGGCUAGGUACUACUGUCCUUAUUAUGCCAAGGCCUCAAUGAGCGACGAGCAUCCAAAUGGCUUUGGACGGCCAUUCUUCAUUGUAACAUGGGUCGAAUUUGGUUUGGCGAUCAUCUUCAUGAUCGCUCGAUGCGUUGCUGCGUCCAAACUAAUUCAUAAUGUGGCAAAAGACCUUUAUUUGGCAAUAGCUACAUUUAUUCUGGGAGCUGCAAGCAUGGCGAUGAUCACUGUCGGGGCUACAUACGGGCUUGGCCUUCCGCAGGACAUGCUAAGUUUCAACGAGAGCAAGAUGGCACUACUCUAUGGCUGGGUUAACCAAUUAAUUGCCCUCGUUGCGAUUGGGUUGGGGAAGCUUACCAUUGUCGCGUUUCUCGAACAAGUCCAAGGCUAUCAAACCAAAGCCAGAAGCAUAUUUCUCUGGUCUUUGGCAGGCAGCAACCUCGUCGUGAACUGUGUCGCUGCCAUCCUCAUGAUGCUUCAAUGCUCGCCGAGGAGGAUGCUGUGGGAGGCAUAUACCAAGGAGUACUGUCCUUAUCGCAGCCGUAUACAGAUAUUCGGUUAUAUUCAAGGGCCUUGGUCUGCUGUUUGCGACUUUGUGCUCGCGUUAUACCCAAUUUCGUUCCUUGCACGGGUCCACGCUUUCUCGAUAGCGACCCGGAUUGGCCUCUGCGUACUAAUGGGAUUUGGCGUCGUGGCAGGGGCAUGUACAAUAGUAAAAACCGUUCAAUUGACUGUUCUGACGAAAAUCGAAGAUCCGAGCCAACAGAUCGGAACAGUCAUUGUUUGGAAUCAAACCGAAAUGUGGGUCGUAUUCAUUGUCAGCUGUAUACCACCUACGAAAGUGUUCUUCAAGCAUGUAUAUCGCCGAAGUUCUAUCCGGCUAGGCUCAUUUGUGGACCAUAUGCGGCCCCGGGAACAUGAGACGAAGCAGAAUGAGUCGUUGCAAUCUAGCUGUUAA